AUGUUGGCGCUCUCCAUCCUCUCCCUCGCCGCCCUCGCGGUGGCCAGCCCCAUGCGCUCUGCGCAGGACUAUGCCACUUCGCUGAGGAACGUUGCCAGACAAUCCGUCAGCGAGUCCGACGUGGACAACUUUGCCUUCUACGCAGAGCACGCCUCGGCCGCGUACUGCAACGCGGGCGCCUCAACCGGGGCCACCGUGUCGUGCGGCGGCAACUGUCCCGAGGUGGAGGCCAACGGCGCGACCAUCCUGGGCAGCUUUGACGGCCUGUGGACGGGCAUCGCGAGCUACGUGGCCCUGGACACGGCGCGCACCGAGAUCGUCUUGUCCGUGCGCGGGUCCUCCAACGUCCGCAACUGGCUCUCCAACCUCGACUUUAACUUUGAGGACUCGCCCAUUGUGUCUCGCGGCCGCGUGCACGACGGCUUCAACCGCGCGUGGAGCGAGAUGCGCUCGGGCGUCACCGCGACCAUCCGCGAUGCCAUCAAGGCCCACCCAGGCUACCGCGUCGUGGCGACGGGUCACUCGCUCGGCGGCGCCGUGGCCACGCUCGGGGCCGCGCAGCUGCGCAACGACGGCAUCCCCGUGGACAUUUACACGUACGGCUCGCCGCGCGUGGGCAACGGCGUGCUGAGCGACUACAUCAGCAACCAGGCCGGGCCCGAGUUCCGCAUCACGCACCUGGACGACCCCGUGCCGCGUCUGCCGCCCAUCAUCUUUGGGUACCGCCACACGUCGCCCGAGUACUGGCUGUCGCGGGGCGAGUCGACGGCCGACGACUACCCCGUGAGCGACAUUCGCGUGUGCCCCGGCAACGCCAACAUCAAGUGCAACGCCGGUACCUUUGGCCUCGACGUGGACGCGCACCUCACCUACUUUGGCCCCAUGACGUCGGACAUUUGCGACGGCGCGUUCAAGACCAGGGCCGCUGCUGCUUCCGCGGACGAGGACGAUGCGGAGCUGGAGAGCAGGCUGAAUGCAUGGGUCGAGCAGGACAUUGCCUUUGUCGAGGGGCAGUAG